AUGGUAGGACGUGGUAGGGAUCAUAACCGUGAUGUCCUCAACCGCAUCACAGCUGUGCUGGAAACUCUAGUGCAGGAACGUGAUGUGGAGCCGGCAGAGUAUCAGGGACUCAUGGCUUUCCGUAAGAACCACCCGUCGAAGUUCAGUGGGGACUAUGAUCCAGAGGGUGCUAGGUUAUGGUUAGCUGAGACUGAGAAGAUUUUCGAGGCGAUGGGUUGCCUCGAGGAGCAUAAGGUCCCUUAUGCGACGUUCAUGCUCCAAGGAGAAGCUGAGAACUGGUGGAAGUUCGUGAAACCUACAUUAGUAGCACCUGAAGGCGUGAUUCCUUGGAAUGCCUUCAAGGACAAAUUCCUAGGCAACUAUUUUCCACGAGAUCUCAGAAAGCAAAAGGCGAGGGAAUUUUUGGAUUUGAAGCAGGGCAAAUUUAAUGAACUUCUACAGUACUGGCCUCAAUACCAAGAUGCUCGGAACGAAGAGGACUUAUGUGCUCAGUUUGAGAAUGGGCUUCGAUUGGAGAUUCAACAGGCAGUUAGCUGCAGAUUACAGAUUUCAAUCAACUGGUGA